AUGCUGCGAUACUUCCCCAGAGUCCGACCUCAUUACUUACCUGCCUCGCACUUCCCCAGAUUCUCCCGCGGCCGACACCCGACGGAACCUCUCCGCAUAGACACGUCUACCUCUGCCUCUGCCUCAUACCUGAGGUCCGUGGUUGAGGACGACGACGAUUCCGAAGAAGGCGAAGACUAUUUUGACGAAGUCUACGCCCACCAAUUCUCGAAUGGAACGCCUUCCUCCCUCCACAGUCGUCUAGUGAGCGAGCCUUUUAUACCAAUCCUGGCCUCCCCUCCUCCGACCACCCAACGGCGCGUCUCGAGUAUGGCCUUACACCCUGCCAGCAAUCGGCCACCUUUACAUAUUGAUAUAGACAAUCGGUCAAUGUCCAUGGGUUCGCAACCCAAGACCCCUGGCAACAAGAUCAGCUCCUUUUUCGGGUGGAAGGGGAAUACUGCUAGCUCUCCCGGCGGCGAAUCAUCCAGCACCGAGAUCUCGGAUGGUGGUGGUCGAUCCCCUAUGCCUUCGCCAAUGCCUCCCCUGGCCAACGUCCCCAUUAAACCACCUUCCCCUUAUGAUACCAAACAUUCCCACUAUGGCCUACCGGCUAGAACACCAUCGGUUAGCGGCAUGAGUGCCCAGGAGGUUAUAUAUGCGUCCAAGUUUGCAGAUCUAGAAAAUGAAUUACGAGAAAUCAGUUCGGAAUUGGCGGGCUCCAUCCGCCGAGAGAUGGAGCUGGAGGAUCUGAUCGAGCGUUUCCAAACCGAGGGACCAGAGACCAACCGUCGGACAAGCGAUUAUUUCUCCGACUCGGGUACCAGCUCCAUCCGAAUCGCCUCCGACGCCGGUCGUAUGGAAGAGGAUAUGGGUAAGAUUCGUCGAGCUGCGGAGCAGGAACGUGCGCAGUUGAAGGUGCACCUAUCACAGAAGCUGCAGGAAGAGCGCCUGAAGCGCACUUCAUCAGAGUCGCACGUUCAGAUUUUGGAGAACCAGGUCCAACAGCUCCGCCGCGAACGAGUCGACCUAUCUGAUCUUUCGUCCAAGACCCGAGAACUCGAGACCGCCCUUGAAGACACUCGCAGAAAGCUGCUCGAAGAGCGGCAAUCAAAAGAUAACUUUGAGGAUUUGCUCACGGCCAUGCGAGUGGAGCUGGAGCAAUUAAGGAAUGAACGGGAUAUGCUUCGAGCAGACAGAGCAGCUCCUCCCCCUGCUCCUGUUCCCGCCCCAGUUCUUGCUCCGGCUCCUGUCUUUGAGAAGCAGGAUACACAGGAAACACAGCGUUUAGUCGAGGAGAUCGAAGCCCUCAAAGUCGAAAAUGCAUCCCUCGCACAGCUUCAUGGUGGACGGUUUGCCUCGAUUGCGGAAGAAGAGGGCGGAGCGAGCAGGCGAAACUCGGCUUUCGGUCUAUCACGAUCCAACUCCCUGGCUCGUAAGCCUGCCAAUAAACCUGCUGGUUUAGCUCGAUCCGGUUCCCUUUCACGAUCCAACUCGGUCAAUACACCAAAGGAGCGGGAGAGCGGAGGUGAGGGAUCGCUGGUUGAUAAGGUGAAGGAUAUUGAAGCUCAGCGCGACGCCCUUCAUCGGACAUUAAGAAGUCUCCUUGAUCGCCAUGCUCAGCAAGCGCGUGAAUUUGAGAAACGCGCCCAUAUCAUGGAGGUGGAGCUUGAGCGCGCCGAGCAGGCUGGCCCUCCCCGCAAGCCCGGGUAUGAGAGGGACGUACAAAACCUGCGGGACGAGGUGAACCACCUUCGCAAUCGGGCCGAGGAUGCCCUGGAGGCUAAGUGGCAGUGUGAAAAGAACCUGGCGGGUCUGAAGAUGGAUAUGGACCGUGCCGAGCAAGAGACCAGCUCUUUGAGAGUGCUGCUCCAGGAGCUUGACACAGGUGCCUCGGAUGCGCUGGACGCAGACCACGACAGUUUCUCUGAAGUACUGGCAACUUCGGCAUCUCUGGAGUCUGCGUACGAGCAGUUGCUGGCCGACAGGCAAGAGGUCGAAGCUAGCGCUGGACCUGAUGAAUUGGCGGCAGCAGAUCAACUGGCAGCCGAUGUGCAGCAGCAGUUGCAGGUCAAUCUUUCCUUGCGCGGCCGCCUAACAACUGCCAUUGAAAAGGGUGAGAGAGACCAACGUCUCUCUGUCGAGCGCAUCAACUUCCUUCAAAACCGUAUGAAAGAUUACGAAGAUUCCCUCCUGUUCGCCCAGCACCACUCCGAAGAAGAAAUGGCCAAACACGAGGAAGAGAUCCGCCUAUUGAAGGAAAGCCAGAAUGCCCAGUUGAUGCGAAUGAAGACUGGCGGUCGCACGGUCGCAGCACUCUCACCCCGACCCAUGAACGCCCCCUUCAGCACUCGUUCUCCCCGUUUAGACAAGACCACCAGCGGCGACGGCAUUCCACUUGUCGAAGUCGUUCAAGUGGAGGUUCUCGAGAAGCACGUCAAGAAUCUCGAGAGACUUCUCCGCGACGCAGACAUGGAGAUGGAAGAAGUAGUAGGACGAAUGAACCGCGCACAGGUGGAUGUGGCCCAGCUCCAAUCUGACAGAGAUGAGGCCCUCCGCCAGACCCGCCGCCUACAGGCAGACAUUCAAGCCGAGCGUGAAACAUUCCAAACAUUAAUGGACCACGCAUGA